AUGCCUCCAAGUAGACGUCUUCCAAGAGCACGAUCAAGAUCCGCUCAGCUUUUACGAUUGCCAGAACCACCCCGAAUAGUGCCGACGAAAGCACAGACGCGUGAGGUUGAGGCAAAGAGAUUCUCAAUGCAAUCGCUGAGGCGAUCUCUGGUCCAGCCAAGUCUGUAUGUGAGGAGCAAGGCAUGUUGCGGUCCGGGCCUUCAGCGAUUUUUCGCCACUGGAGAUCAAGGCGAACGACCACCUUCUUCAGGUUCUUUGGACAGGCGUGAAAAUGACCGUGAAAGCCUAUUCAGUAGAGAGAAUACCGAAGGUAUUGCGCCGGGCGAGCUUUCCCGAAUGCGCGUAGCGUAUGGCCUACUGAAAGAACAUGUUGAGGCUCUUGAACAGGACUUCGAUGGGGUUGAUCCUCACACAAACCCUCUACUUGACCCCCGAAGCUUCGACGUCAGAAAAAUGCCAAAGCUGCCGAAGGAAGUGCUUGAACAAUUCCGGCGCGAUCUCCCCGCCGAAGUAGCGAGCUCCAGCCGCCCGGUAUCGACGCGCGGGAUCUGGGAUGCACUGAGCAGCAGCAGCGGGGCGGCCGGCGCGAUGAGCCCGGAGCUGCACGACGAGAACGCGGCAGAGUGGGCCGUGGUGGACGAGCGGACGAUGGACUCACAGCAAUUUUCGCGUAUGCAACGGCAGUCGUUCCGGAGCACGGUGGACGUGCCGUUUCGCGCAGACCCUCUAUCGGCCGUGCGCAGGAAAAGGAAGAAGAAGAGCUGCCCGUUGCAGGAUGAGCGCGGGCGCGUCAAGGUGGACUUUCGGGCCGGAGGGACGCUCAGGCCUUAUCUGACGGAGGGUGGGAAGAUCAUCCCGAAGAGGAAGAGUGGACUUUCGGCGAAGGCGCAGAGGAAGCUGUCGAAGGCUAUUAAGACGGCUCGGACAAUGGCGAUUAUUGCGCGGGAACCGAGGGGGACUUUGACGUACGAGGAAUUGACCCAGCACGGUUGCCUGCGACGGCUUCAUGAAGCAGCAGCAACACGGCCGGUGAAUCAAAGGUGA